AUAUAUAAUAGAUAGUCACCAAUGCACGUGAUUGCCAUUGAGAAAUGAGGUAUAAAUACAAGACGAUGACCAUUGUUGAAAUUCUAUCACUCGAGUACUUGCCAUCGUGACAUCACCAUGAAGUGUUGGUUGAUACUCAUUACUGUCAUCAGCACAGUCCAGGCAAAAAUUCAAUAUAAAAAUUUGUACGGACGUGAGCCAUUCGGCAAUAGUUUCGUCAACAUGCUGAGUGCAGCACAGGGUGCAACAUUGUUUGCACUGCAAGGUGAAGAGUUUAUGCAUGCAGAGCCGCCAGAUACAACUCCAAACAACAGGGAUCAAUUCGAUUUUAUCGUUGUCGGUGCUGGAACAGCUGGUGCAACGAUUGCAUCAAGACUGAGUGAAAUUCCUCAAGUGCGAGUGCUACUGAUUGAAGCUGGACGCAGUGAGAAUCUUGUCAUGGACAUUCCCAUAAUCGUCAAUUUUCUCCAAUUCAAUAACGACAUCAACUGGAAGUACCGAACAGAGCCGUCCAAUGGCUACUGUACAGCAAUGACUGAUAAACGUUGCAACUGGCCGAGGGGUAGAGUGAUGGGGGGUAGUAGUGUAUUAAACUACAUGAUUGCAACGAGAGGACAUCCAAAGGAUUACGAUCGGUGGGCCGAAUUGGGGAAUGAGGGCUGGUCCUGGAAGGAUGUGUUACCGUAUUUCAAGAAACUCGAGAGCUUCAACAUUAAUGAUUACGUAUCUAAUCAGAGAGUUCACAAUAAAAAUGGACCAGUUUCAAUCGAGUAUCCGGCUUUUCACACCCCAUUAGCCACGGCUUUUUUGAAAGCCGGUGAAGAGCUCGGUUAUCCGAUUAUUGAUUACAACAGUGGUAAUGAGUCUGUUGGAUUCUCCUAUCUUCAAACAACGCUGAAGGAUGGGAUGAGAAUGAGCAGCAGUGUUGCUUAUUUGCAUCCUGCAAGAUUCAGGAAGAACUUGGUUGUCACGAAGAAUUCGUUGGUUAGAAAAGUGUUGAUUGAUCGGGAUACUAAACGAGCAAUUGGCGUGGAGUUUGUGAAGAGGGGCAGGAUAUUUCAAGUUUAUGCAUCGAAGGAAGUGAUACUGAGUGCUGGAGCCAUUGGAAGUCCUCAGAUACUGAUGCUGUCGGGAAUCGGACCAACUGGACAUCUCCAGGAGAUGGGAGUCAAACCGAUUGUUGAUCUUCCCGUCGGUGAUAACUUGAUGGAUCAUAUUGGUUGUGGUGCACUUAUGUUUCAAGUUGAUCAGCCGGUGGGGAUGAGGUUCGAGGAUCUAGCCAAUCCGAUGAAUCCGUACAUAAAGGAUUUUUUCUUCGAACGAAAAGGACCGCUCACCAUUCCCGGUGGAUGCGAGGCUCUCGCUUUCCUCGAUGUUGACAGACCAGGCGAUCGUGAUGCUUAUCCAAAUAUUGAACUGCUGUUUGUUAGCACUUCCUGGGCAAGUAUCAGCGUUGGACGAUUUGAUUUAGGAAUUAAUGACACCGUGUGGCAGGAAACGUAUUCCAAACUUGAAAAUACUUUUACAUGGACAGUAUUUCCCCUAUUGCUUCGACCGAAGAGUCGAGGAAAAAUUCGUCUGCGAAACGCGGAUAUCAAUAGUCAUCCCGUAAUUACAGCGAAUUAUAUGGACGAUAAGGAAGAUGUGAGGAUUUUGGUUGAAGGGGUCAGAACAGCUGUGAACGUCAGUCGGACGAAUGCUAUGAAGAGAUUUGGGUCGAAGGUCUUUCUUGCUGAAUUAAAAGGGUGUAAAGAGUUCGAAAUGGAUAGUGACGGAUAUUGGGAGUGUGUCACUAGAAGUAUCACUAUGAAUAUUUAUCAUUACUCGGGAACGUGCAAGAUGGGCCCGUCAGGAGAUCCCACUGCGGUUGUGGAUCCUAGGCUCAGGGUGCACGGCGUCAAAGGCCUGAGAGUGGCGGAUGCAUCUAUAAUGCCGGAAAUUAUCUCCGCCCAUCCAAAUAUUCCGACGUACAUGAUCGGUGAAAAAUUAGCGGACAUGCUAAAGGAAGACUGGGGGUACCCAACGAAACCUCAACAAUAGAUAUUCCUGAAUAAUUCAGAGACAAUAGUGAUAUUCACUUUUGGUUAUCUUUUGGCACUUGAUCAGUGGAAAUUUUAGGAAAAAAUCAGCGGAGAAUAAAUUAUAGGUCAAUUAUACCAUGAGAAUUGACGAUAAUCUGAGAAUGGAAAUAACGAACAUCAUUGAAAAUUCAAUGAUAUUUACUUUUAGCAUUGAGUAUGCAAGUUCUCAUAGAAAAUUCAGAUAACUCGGAAUUUUAAGUGAAUCCUAUAACUUCUCGAUUUUUUUUUCUCCUAAAUCAUAAUCGAUUUCAUUAUUGGGGAGAUUACUAGUCAGCUGUCCACAUUAUACCGUAAUUCAUGAAUUCAUACCUUUCAACUUUCAUCCAAGUAUGCAAUACAAAAUCACACGCACCUGUAAUCAUAAAAAAAAAACAUCAUGUACCUUAUACUUGAUAGUAGAACGUAAACAGUUCCAUAAUGUUAGAAUUAAUUAUUUCCAUUUUCAAAU